UGCGCGUGUGUUUGCGGGACCGUGUGCGGGUGACACACGCAUGAGAGCUGCUGUGUGCGCGCGACACCCCCGACCCAGCACGGGGAGAGUGAGAGGACCGCCGUUACCGUGACGACGAGGAUGGGCUGCAAUCUGUGUAGUUUCCAGAAGAGAGAAGAGCAUUACAAACUACUGUACGAGAUCUCACAGGUGAACGGACGGGAUCUGUCACGAGCGAGUCAUGAAGAAGCGGUUGAAGCGUUCCGCAGUGCUAAAGACCCGAUCGUGGUGCAGGUGCUCAGACGGACACCUCUCGCCCGGGGUCAGGGGUCAUCAGGAGACGCACAGGUGGUGGAUGUGUGCACACAGACGGAAAUCACAUUUGAGCACAUCAUGGCAUUGGCUAAACUCCGCCCUACAACGCCACCUGUGCCCGAUAUCUGCCCAUUCCUCUUAUCAGACAGUUGUCACUCUCUGCACACUGUGGAUCAGGAGUAUAUAUCCACACUGGCAGCAGACGCGGAGAGGACCGAUGACUUUGAAUAUGAGGAAGUGGAAUUGUGUCGAGUGAACAGUCAAGAAAAGCUCGGCCUCACACUGUGUUACCGGACAGAUGAUGAGGAAGACAUCGCCAUAUACGUCAGUGAGAUUGAACCAAACAGCAUCGCUGCUCAAGAUGGUCGAAUCCGAGAAGGCGACCGUAUUUUACAGAUUAAUGGUCAGGAUGUUCAGGACAAACAGGAAGCAGUAUCUGCUCUCUCUAAUGAAGAAUGCAGGAAUAUUGUGCUGCUGCUCGCCAGACCAGAAAUGCAGCUUGAGGAGCCGUGGCUGGACGAUGAACACAGUGAGUUCUUGGAGGAGCUGAAGAUGCAGAUGUUGGAGGAACAGAGGAGAGAAGAAGAGGAGGAGAUGGAGAGAGCAGCCAGAGAGAAGGAAGAGGAGGCCAGAAGAACGCAAGACGACGACAUCACAGCCUCCUGUUCCUACAGUCACGAGAAGUUAGUGGGUCAGAUGGACAUGUCAGGGGAAACUUCUGAGAAGAAUGUUCUUGCACAGAUCCAGAAGAGAUUGUCUCGGUGUCUGCGUCAGCGGCGAGAGGCUGCGAGUCAGAACUGGGACGGCCCAACAUCAGCGCAUCGCUCUGGAGAUGGACUGGACCAUGAUGCUUCUGAAGGAGAUCAUUAUCAACAGCUCCUGGAGCUCAAGUAUCAGAUCCGCAACAGCGGCGAGUAUGACCUCCUCUACACCCGCAGCAGCACCAUCGAAUGCAGCCUGACGGAGCAGCGUAGCGGCGUAGAACACGAGCUGCGACUGCUCAACGAGGAACUGUGCAGCAUCGAGCUGGAGUGUCAGAACAUCAUGCAAGCGCAUCAACUGCACAAGCGAGACCAGCUGCAACCGGGACCCCACAGCCCUCGCCACGGACAACACGGUGGAAAGUUGGCGGACAUCAGUGAACAUCCCGAGAAGUCAGACAAGGACAGUUCGAGCGCGUACAACACAGCGGAGAGCUCUCGCAGUACGCCUCUCAACAUGGACCGCUCUCCAGAACACUCCAUGCAGAGGAUGGUCAACCUCAGUAAUCAGAAGAACCUCAAGACUAGUUUCCUAGCUGGUCGUGGUUCGCCACCUGUCAGAAGAGUGCCGAGCGGCAGUCCCGACCACAGCAACCCCUCAGAGUCCGACCAAACACCUGUUGCGGAAGACGAGAGCUCUCCGAGGAAAACUCUUCGCUCAAGGAUCCCAUACUUUUCUCCACGUAACCAGCAAGGGGCCAUCCCGGCAUCUUCGCAUCAUUACCAGAGUUACAUGCACUUGAUCCAGCAGCAGUCUGCCUUUGAAUUCGCCCACAGCCACCUAAGUCUUCUGGGAAUGAGCGGCUCCCAGGUCGGCCAGCCUUCCGAACCCAAGAUGGAGUGGAAGGUCAAGGUAAGAAGUGAUGGGACUCGGUACAUCACCAAACGACCAGUCCGAGACAGACUGCUGCGGGAGCGAGCACUCAAAAUCAAGGAGGAACGCAGCGGAGGUAUGACGACAGAUGACGAUGCUAUGAGCGAGAUGAAGAUGGGACGCUACUGGAGCAAAGAAGAGCGCAAACAGCAGCUCUUACGAGCCAAAGAACAGCGGCGGCGGCGAGAGUUCAUGCAGCGGAGUCGCUUGGAAAGCUUGCGCGAGAACCCGCAGAGCGGCGGAGAGGGACGCAAGGAGGUUAGCAUCAUCGAACUCAGUCAACGUAAGAUGAUGAAGAAACGCAACAAGAAAAUUCUGGACAACUGGAUGACAAUUCAGGAGUUGAUGACGCAUGGAGCGAAAGCACCCGAAGCAUCCAAAGUUCACAACGCCUUCCUCUCGGUUACAACUGUAUAGUUCUCAAACUUUACCCCAUGUGGUACGAUCUACUUUUGCCUCGUUCAAUGUGGCGAUUUUUAUAAGACAAUAGUAUUUUUCACACUUUGUUAAAUGAUCAAUGUUUUUUAAGCAAUUGAACAAGUUUCAUCACAAUCUUUUUUUUUUUUUUUUUUUUACUUUUUUGUUACUGUAAAAAGUACUUCAAGGAAGUUUCUUGAUCCUUUGUUUAAUUUCUUUACUCACAUGCAGCAAAAAAUUGUUUUUAGCAAGUAUCUUUGUCUGUUUUUCAGUAAAAAUAACAUUCACAUGGUAAUCAAAACUGCUCAAGAUACUUGUAAGCAUAAACUUCAUGACAUUAAGAUAAAAACCAAUAAGAAAAUACUUAAAUGCAACAUACAGUACUGUGCAAAUGUCUUAGGCACAUAAGAUGUUUCACAAAAGCAUUUGUCUUAAGAUGGUUAUUUAUAUCUUCAGCUUUAGUGUAUCAAUAGGAAAUAUAAAUGUUAGACUCACAAACAUUACUUUUGCCAAUAGAAUAGAAUAGAAGAACAGGGAGCCCUGCAACAGAUGUCAUGGCCCCCACAGAGCCCCCACUGAACAUCAUGUCAGUCUGAGAGUACAUAAAGAGACAGAAGCAAUUGAGACAGCCUAAAUAGAAAGAAGAACAGGGAGCCCUGCAACAGAUGUCAUGGUCCCCACAGAGCCCCCCACUGAACAUCGUGUCAGUCUGAGAGUACAUAAAGAGACAGAAGCAAUUGAGACAGUCUAAAUAGAUAGAAGAACAGGGAGCCCUGCAACAGAUGUCAUGGUCCCCACAGAGCCCCCCACUGAACAUCGUGUCAGUCUGAGAGUACAUAAAGAGACAGAAGCAAUUGGGACAGCCUAAAUAGAUAGAAGAACAGGGAGCCCUGCAACAGAUGUCAUGGCCCCCACAGAGCCCCCACUGAACAUCGUGUCAGUCUGAGAUUACAUAAAGAGACAGAAGCAAUUGAGACAGCCUAAAUAGAUAGAAGAACAGGGAGCCCUGCAACAGAUGUCAUGGCCCCCACAGAGCCCCCACUGAACAUCAUGUCAGUCUGAGAUUACAUAAAGAGACAGAAGCAAUUGAGACAGCCUAAAUAGAUAGAAGAACAGGGAGCCCUGCAACAGAUGUCAUGGCCCCCACAGAGCCCCCCACUGAACAUCGUGUCAGUCUGAGAUUACAUAAAGAGACAGAAGCAAUUGAGACAGCCUAAAUAGAUAGAAGAACUGUGGAGAAUUCUCCAAGACGCUUGGAACAUCCUAUCUGCCAACAACCAAUAAAAACUGUGUCCAGGUGUAUCUAGGAGAAUUGGUGCUGUUUUAAAGGCAAAGGUGGUCACACCAAAUAUUGAUUUAGCUUUUUAAUGUUUACUGGACUUUGUAUGAUGUUAAGUGAUAAAUGAAAACUAUUUAUGGCAUUAUUUAUGAAGACAUCCUCACUAUGCAACAUUUUUCCCAAGUGCCUAAAACUUUUGCACAGUACUGUAUAUCCACUGAAACAAACAUUAAUAUAAUGCACAGAUUUGCUUAGCAGGUAGCCUGAAUUUAGAGUACGUUUUAGAUAUUUUUACUGGAUAAGAUAAUGAUACUUGUUAAGAAUAUAUAUUUUUUUUGCUGUGAAGUAAAUGACAAACUUCAUACAAUGUUUACAUUUCAGCAAAAUGUGAAUUGUUGUGCAAUUACCUGCCUUGAAUCAACCUUUCUGAGUCCAGUUUCGUGCUGUAGGAUUUUUAUCAUGUAUUUCAAAUGAGAACUAAACCAAACCAGCUCUCUGAACCAAACAGUAGACAACUUGUGUAGCUAAACAUAAACUGGGCUGGUUCUACCUCUCUACCUCUGCCAGACUCUGGACCAGUUCCCAAGACCAGAUAAAACCAGCUGACAUUAUUAAACUAUUUAAACACAGCGAUUGAGUCAUUCCUAACUUUAUCAUUUCUAAAAGGACACCCCCCUACAAAGUCCAAUGUUGUGCUUAUGUGACCAGCAGGUGAAUAUGUUUUAUGGUAAAUGUGGAUUAAUCAUAUUGCAGAAAAGUGUUACUGAUUCAUUAACCCAAAUGGAAUACUAAACACAUACCAGUAUAAAUCAUCUAAAUGUACUCUCACCCUUAUAAAAUGCUUCCCAGAUAAAAUUUUAAUGCUCAAAUUCUGGUUCUGCCCAGUGGAUCUCAUUUAAUGGUGUCAGUUUUAAGAGUUUAAGAUAUGUUUCACACAGAUGUUUGUCUAUGGAAGCAAUGUCUUCGAGUUCACUUUUCUGGAUCUGGUUUUAUUUAUUUAUUGGAGCAAAGACUGUACAUUUCAAUUGUAAAUUUCUGUACUUGCUCUGGCUAAAUGUUCUCAGUCUUAUUUAAAUAAUCUGUAGUCGUCUCUCUUGGCCAGGUGAAUGUGUGGUCAUUGUGAUAUUUUGACACUAAAUAAAUUUUUCUUCAAAAAUCUCUUUUCAGAUUA